CAAAGCCUGAUCGCUUCCUUUGACAGCGACGUCAACGAUGUUCAAUGGAAGCUCGACGUUCUCAAAACCGGCUACAAAGGGUUCAUUGCUGUCGUCACGUUCAGCUGUCACUAAACGCGACUCUCUAAUGGCAGAGCUCGAACGGGACCCACAACACUCGACAGCAAAGCGUCAGCAGCGCUCUAAUGCAUUCAGCUCCCAUGUGGCAAACGCCUCUCUCGAGCGCCAACUGCUCGCUGCACAGGCCAGUAAACUCGAGCUCGAGACCAAACUCCGUGAAAAAGAUGUCGCGAUAGAAAGGCUAGAAAGAGAUAGAAGGUGGUUUGCGGAGAGAGAGGAAAAGGAACGCGAGGAAAAAUUGCAGGAGCAGUCGGAGAGAGAAGAGGAAAAGCGUAAGGCAGAGUCAGAACUUCGGGCGCUACGCAGUUCCCUCGCUGCAGUUCGAGAGAACCUAGCCGAACUCGAGGACGAACACUCAAAUCUUUCUCGCAGCCACUCGCAAUUAUCUGCUUCCCAGAAAGCGCAGUCUUCAGUUCUCGCUCGCCAAAACGCUGCGUUGGAGCAAGAAGUCGCAGAACUUAGGGCUAUUGCAGAGGAACGAGGCGCUGCAGUCCACGAUUUACAACAACAACUGGACGAUGCUCAUACUGCCACUGACUCUUCUGUGAAAACUUCCAAUGAGAACGAGAAUUGGAGUGUUGUGCGAGACGAACUGCAGCGACAAGCAGGAUACCUCCACCGGCAUGCCAGUGUAGAAGUCCUUCGGGAAGAGAAACGUACUUUGGAAAGCAAGGUGGUUAUUAUGGAAGGGCUUCGAGAGAAAGUCGCCAAGCUAGAGGCUCAAGUUGAAGCUGCUCGACAGGAGCGGGAAGAUUGGGCAAGCAAAACCAGCGAAUCCAACACAUCGUCACAAACUUCCAUCUCCGUGGUGCAAAAUCUGUCAGCAUUACGUCUAGAGAACGCACGGCUAAUGGAGGAACAUGGCGCAAACAUGGCGCUCCAUCGCCGCCGCGAGGCCGAGCUAUCUAAUGUCGAUAAGAUAGCGUCCGAGGCUUGUGAGGCUGCGGAUGUCCUACAAGCAGAGGUGCAAGCACUGAAAGAAAAGGUAGUAAGACGGGAACAACGGACUCAACUUGCGGAACGAGAAGCCAGGUUCCUCCAAGCCCUCGUCGCCAGUUUCACUGCUGAGGAAUCAGCUGCACGCGAGUCGCCAGCUAUAGAUAGUCUUUCUCAGCAGCGCAUCCAGCAUCUUGAACAGUCUAUAGCCGACUACAAAUCUGAAAAUUCUCGGUUACAGAGUGCACUGGACGCUGCCGAGGCUGAUAAUGCCAUCGGAGGGUCAAAACGCACACGCAAGGAUCUCGUCCGCGAGAUUGACGCACAUAGAGCUGCAGCAGACAAGGCAAUGAAAGGUCUGCAAGAAGCGGAAACAAAUCUGACGCAGCAAGAAGACCAGAUUGAGAAGCUCGAACAAACGCUAUUUGAGCUCCGCGGCAACAUCGGUGCCGGGAACCAUGUCCCACCAGGCAUGCGUGUGCUGUGUCUGCGUGACAAUCCGGCGCAGCAGUGGAAUGAUCUCCGACAGUCGGUGAUGGACCGUCUCAAGAGCGAAAACGAAGCGCUCAUCAAGCGCCUGCGUGAGCUUGAGAGCAGCGGAGCCGUGGUAGCCGACGGUCAGGCUCCGCGCGACGAUUUGGUUCCCAGGGAAAGCUGGGAAGUGCUCGAUAAGGAAAAGAAGGAGCUCGAGGAAGUGGUAAAGCAGAAAGAGAAGAGACUCUUACGCUUGCAGCAGGUGUUCACUGCGAAGAGCGCUGAGUUCCGAGAAGCGAUUGCGUCAAUACUCGGGCUGAAGCUUGCGUUUUACCCCAACGGGCAAGUCCGCGUGACGUCGAUCUACGAUCUCUCUGCGUCGUUUGUGUUCCAACCUUUAACGAAACCCGGCGAGAACGGAGAAGGAGCGAGGAUGCAGCUUAUUGCGCAAGGCGAAGGUGGUCCGCAAGAUCUCCCGCAGCUGAUGCGAUUCUGGGUGAAUGAGGAGCAGUGCAUACCUGGAUUUUUGGCGAGUGUAACAUUGGAGUGUUACGACAAGUCAAAGAGGGAGGGAGGUCCCGAGUCGUAGUACUCAACCGUAUGUUUGUGAUAUAAGAAUUAAUUAUGUAUUGUGACACCUACGACUGUCUUCUUGUAUCAUUGGGUCUGACUAGCGAGUAGCGACACCCUAGG